GGAGGCUUCCCACCCGCAGCCUGCCAAAUGUUCCUCCUCGGGAUCUUCUCGCUGACGCUCAGCCUGGUCAGCCAAAGGCCGGCAGCCCGCGCCGAAUCCAACCUGAGCUCCUUCGGCAAGUUCCAGGGGUCGAGCGCCAAAGAGCAAAACGGAGUGCAAGAACCACACCAUGAGAAGGUUAUUACUGUAUCCACUAAUGGAAGUAUUCACAGCCCUAAGUUUCCUUAUACUUAUCCUCGCAACAUAAUACUUGUGUGGCGAUUAGUUGCAGUUGAAGAGAAUAUGUUGAUACAACUUACUUUUGAUGAAAGAUUUGGGCUUGAGGACCCAGAAGAUGAUAUAUGCAAGUAUGACUUCGUAGAAGUGGAAGAGCCCAGUGAUGGCACCGUCUUAGGGCGGUGGUGUGGUUCUGCUGCUGUUCCAGGAAAGCAGAUUUCUAAAGGAAACCAAAUCAGGAUAAGAUUUGUUUCUGAUGAGUAUUUUCCUUCUGAACCUGGAUUCCAUAUUCAUUAUAAUCUUCUUACAACACUUCACAUGGAAUCAGCCAGUCCAACGGUGUUGCCACCAUCAGCUUUACCGUUAGAAUUGCUAAACAAUGCUGUUGCCGCAUUUAGUACCAUAGAAGAACUUAUCAGGUACCUUGAGCCUGAAAGGUGGCAGUUAGACUUGGAAGACCUAUACAAGCCAACUUGGCACCUCCUCGGGAAAGCCUACAUUCAUGGCAGAAAAUCAAGAGUUGUAGAUUUGAACCUGCUGAAGGAGGAAGUAAGAAUGUAUAGCUGUACUCCACGCAACUUCUCCGUGUCAGUACGAGAGGAAUUGAAACGAACAGACACCAUUUUUUGGCCACUUUGUCUGCUGGUUAAACGUUGCGGUGGAAAUUGUGGCUGUUGUCAACAUUCUUGCAGUGAAUGCCAAUGUGUCCCUACCAAAGUCACCAAAAAGUAUCAUGAGGUCCUGCAGCUGAAACCCAGAAGUGGCGUAAGAGGAUUGCAUAAAUCUUUGACAGAUGUCCCUUUGGAUCACCAUGAGGAGUGUGACUGUGUGUGUAAAGGAAAUACAGAAGGAUAAAAGGAACUUCUUUCUUCUACAGCACAUUGAAUUAGAGGCUUAUUCUGUUCUGGGGCUUGUGCAUUAAUCUCCUUGUAUAAUCUCAGUUGUUUCCUUUGAAAAAAAUCUUCCGUGUUCAAGAUUGAUGGUUCAGGGGAGAUGGAGAGAGAAGAAAUGAAACUGGGAUUAUGUAUGCAAUGUAACAGCACAUGAAAGCCCAUUAAAACUAUCCGCAGAAGGCAUUCAUGAGGAUUUGUUUUCCUCUACCUUGAUAUAAAUAGAUAAUAUCAUCUCUUUUUCAGCUCAUCCUGAAUUUUAAGUUUAGAAAUGCUCAAAGCCUGAACUUUUCUAAUAGCCUUCCUUCUGCCGGUCAGUUACUUCUGGCUUAUCAUUCUAAACAGCUGGGAUCUUACUUCACUUAUUGCAAUAACUCUACACAUCCUAAAUUAAAGUGUUAAUUGCUUAAAACUGUGUUAUUCCGAGUUAAACUUAUGUUUUUCACUUAUAGAUGUGAAAAAGACUGCACACUUUUCUAUGUUUUUUCCCAGUCAGGUUCCUAUCAUUUUGCAAAAAUGCCUGGUUGGUAUAUGUGAGCAAAGAGGAAAAAAAUUGAAACCAAUGAAGUGUCUUUAUUCCUCCCGCUAGUGCCUUCAAGGAUUUUUUCUUUGUUUGUUUAUAUUUUUAUAUUUUUGUUGUGUACAUUUUUAUACUCUUUGAUGCAUAACAAUUUGCUUUUCUAAUCUUGUUAAAUAUAUCUAUUUUUUACCAAAGGUAUUUAAUUUUCUUUGUAUUUACAACCUAGAAAAAUUGUAUUUUAAUCUUGUAAAACCUGGAGUCAGCAUUACAGGAAGAGGAUAGAAAGAAUUACUGGUUGUAUAAUUUAAGGAAUGUAGUGGUGCAUGUGCACAUAGAAAAAUAAAGCAGAUGAAAAUAUCACUCUGACUUUACAGUUGUAGAUAAGCAGAUUCAUGAUGCUGGGAUAAGAAGGAACAUAAUAGCUGUUUUAAGCCUUUUCAUAUUCUAGUACCUUGAACUAGAGAAAAUGUCUGUGAACAUAGAAGCAGGCUUCAGCAUGCAUAAAUAAGAAAAUAAAUACCAUUUGUUGCAUGAAAGGUUACUGGCAUAAAUCUGAUAAGCAUCAGAAUACUUAUCAGAGGAUAGCUGUCAACCUGCAUUGCACUGGCUUGAGUAUCUGUACUAUCUACAUCCUGGCAGAAUUAUUUUUUGCAGAAAACUAGUUGUUAUACGUGACCUAUGAUAGAUUGGGAAGCAGGUAUGUUCAUGAAAAACAAAAACAAAUUGCAACACAAUGGGAUCUUGUCACCAUAUUAUAUAAUGGGUUGAUUUAAAAUAUGCACAUAUUUAUUGCUACAGACAUAUGGAUUUUAAUAUUAUCAUUGACAGUUGCUUCCUCAUAAGGCUAUAGCUUCCAGUAUUUUAAUGGUGUAUAAUUUUUGAAAUGUGGUUUUGCUUACAGUAUGUACAGUUUAUAUAUAAACUAGUACAUUUAUUCUCAUCUUGGACAAGAAGGGAAGAAGUAGUAAAAUAUUUUGCUUGUAAAAUACUUCUAAAUUGUCUAGUGUUGUUUUGUGUGAAUACCUGUUUCCUUUUAUUGUUUGGGUUUAUGUAAUUAACAAAAUAAUUAUUGGGAUAGAAAGAACUCCCUAUACCUACCUUAUGGAAGGUAGUUACCAUAUAAUUUUAAAGUAUUGUUUUUUUAUAUGUGGCAUAUGCUAUGUAGCAAUCUAAUCUCUUCCAUUUCAGUUGUUACAGGAAAUCUAUGAACAGCUGCAUGCAAAUAUUUAGGAACAUCUGGUUAACUUGUAUGUUUUACUGAAUGCCUAAAUCAGGGGUAUCAAACUGGUGGCCCUCAGGCCAGAUGUGUCCCGCACUGGCCAUACCCACCACAGCUCCACAAAGGAGGGAAACAUCGCAAUACAUCACUUGACGGCAACGUGAUGCCACAAGGUUGACGCCCAUGGCUUAAAUGAACAGAAGUUGACACAACCUCAGCAUGAGAAAAAGAUAAACAGAACACCUUCUUGCAAAUGUUGAUGCAUACUUGUUAUUUCAAUACAGUUGUGUACAGGUUCACAAUAAAUUAAUAGUAAAUAUGACAAGUGCAGAAGCUUGGAUCAUUUCAUCCAGUAGUUUGUAACACCCCCUUUUCAGAAAUAAUGAUAUCCUAAGCUUCGUAUGGCCAACUCACUCUUUCUUACCAAACCUUUCUAGCUUGGAAAAACUAUUAGGUUUCCUUGCACAGAGAUCUUCCUACAUAUUUUCAAUAACACUUUAAUUGAAAAAUAACUUUACCUUGGAACCAUUUUAAUGUUAUAAAACAAGAAAUGCUUUCUAAGUACCUGAUAGAUAAAACACAUGCCUAAAUAUGAUACCUUGGAUUUAUAGAUCUGCUUCAGUGGCCUUGAUUUAAGACUUAUAAGG